CCCAGCUCCCGACAGCGGCUAAUUUAGUUACCGAAGCUCGGUUCUUUUGUCAGCUACUUUUUGGCUUAACCUUCAACAACCACAACAUAAUCGUUCUGUUCUUGUUGCGUCGACCAUGCUCCGGUGUCUGUCUUUGACCAGCUCUCGAUGGGCAUUAAGGAGCAGUGCUGUUUCCAGCACUACUCAACGACUAUUACGACCGCGCAUCGUGCCACCAGGUCAAUUGCCACCUUCGCGAUCGCUGGGCGAUCGCAUGCCAUUCUCGGUCUCCACGGCAGUACGACAACAGAUCGACAAGGCAUCAAAAGCAACAACUGAAGCAGCUGCCAAAGCUGAAAAGGAAGCUGCUGAUAAGGCAGCCAAAAGCAAAAAAAAGGCUGCCGAAACAAAAGAUAUCAAGCAACUUUUCCAACUCGCUAAACCUGAGGCAAAGAGUAUUUCUGCUGCCAUUGCCUUAUUAGUGAUUUCGUCUUCGGUUACUAUGGUAAAAGGGAAAUGGAGGAAUAGUUGUGCUGUUGGGUACAACAAUGUAUUAAAAAACGAUGGUAUAUCUAGUCUGUUCCAUUUUCAAUGGGCAAAAUCAUCGAUAUCGUUACGCAUCCUGAAGUCAAGGAGUAUAUGGGCUUCACGAUGCCUCAAUUUAUGGGUGCCUUGUCCGCCGUGUUUAUUGUGGGUGCAUUGGCCAACAGCGGUCGUGUACUCUUAUUCCGGUUAGCAGGAGAGCGGAUCAUUCAGCGCUUACGAAACAACCUAUACCGGAAUAUUCUGGGUCAAGACAUGGCGUUCUUUGAUAAGAAUCGAACGGGU